UUGUGAACUGCAAACGACCGGAAGAAGACAGUCGACACCCUGUUUGAAGCGUCAAGCAGGUUUAUUUUAAAAUUCAAUAAACGAUCUGUCCUCCAACAGACAAAAUGGUGACAUUUCUUUUCAUGGUAUUAUUAAUAUGUGGACAACUCGGGAUCGUACCUGCCGCUUCUAAUUCAAGGACGAAUGAAAGGCUGAAACAUUCCUAUCUCGGAUUUCCUCGUCUUCAUUUCACGGGGUAUUUUCACUCGGACCCGAUGACGGCGAAUAAUAGACUUAUCAACCACAACAUGACCCGGAAUCGCGGGCCAAGGAUUCAAGCUGACAGUGAGGGGUUUAACAGUGUAGGAACGGGGAACUUUAUGUUCUACAACGCUUAUGUGUCGGGAGUGUGUUAUAUGGACGGAACAUGUACGUCCCAGGAUGACGAAAUACUGGGGCAGUCCGUGGAAGACUGGUUCGAUCGUGCACCUGCUAAACUGGUCGACAUCAGCCCCACCUGCGACACCCUGUCCAACAUCCACGGCAUGAAGCUGCAGGUAGGCCAGAUCAUCCGUGCCGCCCUCACGCCGACCCCAGUGCAGCAGAUGUGGCUGCGGUGCAUCGAGACGCCCAACCUCUCCACCUUCAGUGCCGGGGCCCAGUUUAAAUCGGUCCUUACGAACCUCACGUGGCUGGACAGGGAUCCUGAUUUUGAGUCCCGAUUUCUUGACGAGUUGAGGGAGACCAACCCGCUGGCCCUUGCCGUUAAGUUUAAUCUGGACCAGUACGACAGCAGGGUUGCCAGUGAUAAGUUUCGCUUAGGGAGACUCGUUGGGACGAUAGGACCUCACCAUCCCAAUGACUCCAUCCCUUUCAUGAGAUUUACCAGACAACUCCAGGCGGGUGAUAGUGAAUGCACUGGACCCUUCUGCCACGCCCCUUUCUCAAUUGACCAUGCCAUGAAUUUGCUUACCAUCGACGUAGGGAAUAGCUUCCGGAGUUCAUUCAAUGGAAGUUUUAAUACCCAGACACUGGGGAGGUUGUACGUUGGUUUUCAGCCUGCUUUGGGUGAAAGCUCUGAGGUGGACUGUAACUCGCAGGUCGUGUACGCCGGUGAAAUUAAUUACACCACCGAGUACUGGUAUGAAAGAACGGCUGGGGUGGUUACACUGAAUUUAACUGAAACUCUGUCAGGAAAGGCCAUUAAAGAACAAUUGCAUGUCUCUCCGCUUGUAAUAUUUAAAUACAAGAAAGAAAAUGGAACUUUGGUCUGCCAAAAACCGGUAUUAGUGGAGAGGCACCACGGGUUAACGGUUGGAGCUAUGAUCACCAAUACUUACAGAAAGGAACCAGGAGAAGCAUGGUCUUUUCACUUGUUCGCAAGCAAAUUUGGCGUCCCGCAGCCUGGUGUUGAGUUAAGCCUGAACUACGGUGGGGAACACUGCCCCAUGCAGAUCUGCGGGCCCUGCACCACGGGUUUCAGCACUCCCCAGUCUGCCCUGUCUUUCCCGCCGUUUGUGGUCACAGACGAAGGCGGGUUUGCAAAUAUCCCGCUGAUGGCCUAUGAUCCGAUGGAGGGAGCCCCGUAUCCUCAUGUUGUAGAACUUCAGGGCUCACAGCUUUAUCUUCUCUUUAUCAACAUGAGCUUUGGAGGCAUAUCCGACGCAGCUCUGUUCCAUUUUGGAGCACGUGUGUUUCAAAUCUACCACGUGCCCGACACACCCACGUGGUACGACCACGUGUUACCUACACUGGAGCCCUAUCACAAUCUGUUUCCCGUUAUGCGAUCUUUUGUUCAUCUCACUGAUUAUCACAGCGUGUUGGAGAACAAGGAUAAGAUGAAAGCUGUUCUGUCUUUGCCCAUCGAUGAUCCCCAUCACAUGCCGACAACGCGGGAUUUGUCAAAACGAAAGAGAAAGAUGUUGUUGGACUGGCUUGAAAACCCAAUACUAGGUCAGCCUGCGCCAUCUAUUGAGAAUCUUCGCACCCUUCUCCAGCAAGCUAUGGAACUUGAACUGAGCACUAUUCCACCGUACCUGACCGCACUGAUGUCCAUAAAAGAGGGCUUCAACGUGGAGAUAGGGCGGCGGAUCAAGAGUGUUGUGGUCCAGGAGAUGCUUCACAUGGCCCUAGUGGGGAAUCUGCUGAACGCGGUUGGCGGGUCCCCAUCCAUCGCCUCCACAUUAAAUGCCCCGCUCUAUCCCAGUAAGCUACCGGGAGGUGUACGUCCAGAUCUGGUUGUCUCGCUGCAGAAACUGAAGCCGAGAGUACAUUGA